UUUGAAAGCUGGCACGGCGAGCAAGUCUGUUCGGUCCGUAGUGCCUCCCCAUCCCGUUCUGACAGAAAUUUACUGCAACGUUACGAGCAUGGAACUGAAUGAUGCUAACCUACAAACCCUCACGGAGUAUCUCAGGAAAACACUGGAUCCAGACCCAACAGUCAGACGUCCAGCUGAAAAGUUUCUUGAAUCUGUUGAGGGAAACCAGAACUACCCUUUAUUAUUACUCACUUUGCUGGAGAAGUCCCAAGACAACGUGAUUCGCGUCUGUGCUGCUGUUACAUUCAAGAACUACAUCAAAAGAAACUGGCGCAUUGUUGAAGAUGAACCAAACAAAAUCUCUGAUGCAGACCGAACAGCGAUCAAAGCAAACAUCGUAAAUUUGAUGCUAAGCAGUCCGGAACAGAUUCAAAAACAGUUGAGUGAUGCCAUCAGUAUCAUAGGAAGGGAAGAUUUCCCUCAAAAAUGGCCAGACCUGCUAACCGAGAUGGUGACCCGCUUCAGAAGUGGAGACUUCCACAUCAUCAAUGGAGUGCUUCGCACUGCGCAUUCCCUCUUCAAGAGGUAUCGCCAUGAGUUCAAAUCAAAUGAGCUUUGGUCGGAGAUAAAACUAGUACUGGACACAUUUGCUCUGCCUCUGACAGAGCUGUUCAAGGCCACAAUUGAGUUGUGUCAGACUCAUGCUACAGAUGUCAAUGCCUUGAAGGUCCUCUUCUCCUCGCUCACUCUCAUCUCAAAACUUUUCUACAGUCUUAACUUCCAGGACCUUCCAGAGUUUUUUGAAGACAACAUGGAAACCUGGAUGACCAAUUUCCAUGGCCUCCUGACUUUGGAUAAUAAACUUUUACAAACAGAUGAUGAGGAGGAAGCAGGUCUCCUGGAGUUGCUGAAGUCUCAGAUCUGCGACAAUGCUGCUCUUUACGCUCAGAAGUACGAUGAAGAAUUUCAGCCGUACCUUCCCCGCUUCGUCACUGCUAUCUGGAACCUUCUAGUUUCUACUGGCCAGGAAGUCAAAUAUGAUCUGCUUGUAAGUAAUGCUAUCCAGUUCUUGGCUUCGGUCUGUGAGAGGCCACACUACAAGCAUCUAUUUGAGGACCAGAAUACACUCACUAGCAUUUGCGAGAAGGUCAUUGUGCCCAACAUGGAGUUCAGAAGUGCAGAUGAGGAGGCCUUUGAAGAUAACUCUGAGGAAUACAUCCGCAGGGACCUUGAAGGAUCCGACAUUGACACUCGUCGUAGGGCGGCAUGUGAUUUGGUGAGAGGCCUUUGUAAGUUUUUCGAGGGCCCAGUCACGGCAAUCUUCUCCGGCUAUGUGAACUCGAUGCUGGCAGAGUAUGCAAAGAACCCCGGGCAGAACUGGAAACACAAAGAUGCUGCCAUCUAUUUGGUCACAUCACUGGCAUCAAAAGCCCAGACACAGAAGCAUGGAAUAACACAAGCCAAUGAGUUGGUGAAUCUGACUGAAUUCUUUGUCAAUCACAUUCUCCCAGACUUAAAAUCCCUCAAUGUUAAUGAAUUCCCAGUGCUGAAGGCAGAUGCCAUCAAGUAUGUCAUGAUCUUCAGAAGCCAGCUUCCUAAGGAGCAGCUGCUGCAGGCAGUUCCUCUACUGAUAACUCACCUGCAGGCAGAGAGCACAGUGGAGCACACUUACGCUGCCCAUGCUUUGGAGAGGCUGUUUACUAUGAGAGGCCCAAACAACACCACACUUAUCUCUCCUGCAGAGAUGGCACCUUUUACUGAACAGUUGCUCAACUACUUGUUCAAGGCACUGGCGCUUCCUGGUUCUGCAGAAAAUGAAUACAUCAUGAAAGCCAUCAUGCGCAGCUUCUCCCUCCUGCAGGAGGCCAUUGUUCCCUACAUUCCCACUCUGAUUGGGCAGCUCACUCAUAAGCUCCUAUUAGUCAGCAAGAAUCCCAGCAAGCCUCACUUUAACCACUACCUGUUUGAGUCCCUGUGCCUGUCUGUCCGCAUCACCUGCAAGGCCAACCCCACUACUGUCAGCAGCUUCGAGGAGGCUCUCUUCCCAGUCUUCACUGAAAUCCUUCAGAAUGAUGUGCAGGAGUUUCUUCCAUACGUGUUCCAGGUGAUGUCUCUCCUCUUAGAGAUCCACUCCAACUCUAUUCCCGCUUCCUACAUGGCUUUAUUCCCUCACCUGCUGCAGCCUGUGCUUUGGGAGCGGACAGGAAACAUUCCUCCUCUGGUGCGCCUGCUUCAGGCGUACCUGGAGAAGGGCGGUGCCACUAUUGCCAGCUCUGCUGCAGAUAAAAUACCUGGCUUGCUUGGAGUUUUCCAAAAGCUCAUUGCCUCUAAGGCCAAUGACCACCAAGGUUUUUACCUUCUCAACAGCAUCAUCGAGCACAUGCCUCCAGAAUCAAUCACUCAGUACAGGAAACAGAUCUUCAUCUUGCUCUUCCAGAGGCUACAAAGCUCCAAAACCACCAAGUUCAUCAAGAGUUUCUUGGUGUUUGUCAACUUGUAUUGUGUCAAAUACGGAGCUAUUGCACUUCAGGAGAUUUUUGACAGCAUCCAGCCGAAAAUGUUUGGUAUGGUGUUGGAGAAAAUAGUUGUUCCAGAGGUUCAGAAGGUGUCUGGAGCAGUUGAGAAGAAGAUCUGUGCUGUUGGCAUUACAAAAGUCCUUACUGAGUGUCCUGCAAUGAUGGACACGGAGUAUACUAAAAUCUGGACCCCACUGCUCCAGGCCCUCAUUGGUCUUUUUGAGUUGCCGGAAGAUGACAGCAUCCCAGAUGAUGAGCACUUCAUCGACAUUGAGGACACACCAGGCUACCAGACAGCAUUCUCACAGCUGGCCUUUGCUGGGAAGAAGGAGCAUGACCCGAUCGGAGACGCCGUCGGCAACCCCAAGAUCCUGCUGGCACAAUCACUCCACAAGCUUUCUACUGCCUUUCCAGGAAGGGUUCCUUCAAUGCUGAGCACCAGUCUGAAUGCAGAAGCCCUCCAGUUCUUGCAGGGUUACUUACAGGCAGCCAGUGUGCAGUUGGUUUGAAAUGGAUGUGAUGCUGUUCACAUAAUGAGACCGCAAUACACUGCAGGAGUAGCCACAGCGGCCUCGGGGUCACAUGACAGACCUGCUUCAGCUGAACUUGAGUCUUUACAGAUUUGGUGUGACUUGACAGUUAUGUGAUGGAUUUUGACAGAGGAAAUAAUCAUUUUGCCUGAAUUUAGGGUGUGUUCUCUGAUGGAAGUUUUUUUAAGGGUUUUUAAAGACAUGACCAAAAGUUGACAUAACUGAAUUACUGUUUUGUGUUUGGGCCUUUUGUGUGCUGUGUAGCAAAGGCUAACAAGGAUUCUCAAGUUCUGAUACAAUCAGUUUAUUUCAACAACAACAACAACAGCAACAACAACAACAACAGCAGCAUCAGCAGAGAUAUAUUUCAACAGUAUUGGGGAACGCUGAACCUUUGAUCCAUAUGGGAAGGAUUUCUUUUGCGCUUUUUUGUUGGUAUGUUUGAAUUCCUUUUUACAGUUAUGGAGACUAGUCUGUGGCUCAAGCAUAAUGCUUAAUAUUUUUCUGUUGCAUGUUUCCUGUAGAUUUGUUUAUGUCUAGUCUCUGUUUCUGCACUGUUUGUUUCUGUGAAUAAAAAGAGGCACUUGUAUA